AUUUGAUUAGCUGCAUCAAUUUAAUAGGUGCCUGGAUCCUUGUUUGAAAUUUGAAUUAGUCAUUUCGGUGUUGCUGUCCUCUGUUUUCACAAAUGGCACAGAGGAUCUUGGAACCAUUCAGAAAAUUGCCCCAUCAAUUGCAAAAUCUUGAGAUUGUUAAGCGAAUACAUGAUUACACACUUGGGAAACAUACCGAUAGUUACUCUUGUCACCAGUCGUCUGCUUACGGGUGUCUGGAGUCUCCAAGCGCUUUGGCUUUCGACGAAGUUCUUGGCUUAUUAGCUGUAGGAACAAGUAAAGGGGUAUUAAAAAUAUAUGGCUCACCGGGCAUUGUUUUCACUGUCCAACGAGAGGGUUCUCCGAUCAUUUCUCUUUUGUUUUUACCAGGUGAAGGGCGGAUUGUUUGCGCUUCAACUGACGGAACGUUAGAUCUUUUUGAACUAGAUUCUAGAUGUGGACGAUGGUCACCAACUAGCCAAGUAAAAGUUCAGCAAACGUAAGUUAACCAAUAGGAAAUUUCGUUUUUUAACAAAUGGGGAUAUAGCUGUUAGGUAUAUGCUAAAUGUCAACCUCAUUUGGAUGGAUUCAUGCUUUUGCCUAAAACUUCACUCACAGACACGGCAGCCGAACAAGGUAAUCUAUGCAUCUCAAAAACAGUAAGACAUUAGAUCGCUAAAUGUCUUUUCUAAGUAAAAUGCACCGCUUUUUACUCUUGAAAUCCGCGUACAUUUUGCUUAGUGAGGCUUGUUCCAAUGACCUGAAGUUUAUUUUGAUGGAUAUUACUUCACAAAGUUGUUCAUGGGGAGCUCAUUGGUCUUGUCGAAAGAAUUAGGCAUUUCGUAUAAACCAGUCUGGCAGGGAAUCCAAGUCACUUGACAUCCGUUUACAACUGAGUUCGUGCUUUCCACUGGGAUGCAAUAGUAAUUAAAAAAUUCGAUUUGUCAUGUUGGUUACUUGGGAACCUAGACACAAUCAUCGUUCUAUCUCACCGUGUCCAGCUUUAAAAUAGAGUUUGGUGAAGAGAUUCAUGUGGCUAAAAUUGUCUCAUUUUUUCAGCUGUUAUUUCUCACAGGUUGUGUCGUACAGUACCUUCACUUUCUAAUAUAUACGAAUGUGAAAAUGAAUGAGUUUUCAGCAUGUAGUUUGGCUAACGUAUUAGCAAGAUGUCAAACCGUAUUGACCUUCCUUGAUCUGUAUCUGCUGACAGUUGGUUCUAACGAGAAUUUAUCUUGUCAGGACGUUAAUUUGUUAGCUUUGUCGGUGUAAUACUUCCCUUAUAUUUUGUUGAAUAUAAUUUCGACUGAAAGUUAGGAAAGACGGCAUAUUAUUUUUCCGUUGCUAUCCACAAUCGUAUUGUGUGGUCUCGUCCUGUCGUUAGUGUACUUCACAGUAUGGCGUACUUGUCGGUUUUCACGUGAAUCGCCUUCAGAAUUAUCAAAAAAGACUCCAACUUAUGUUUGUUUUGUUUGAGUGCAAAUACGUACCUGUGCAUAAUAAUAUAUUGAAUACUUGCAUUGAUAAAUUAAUUUGUAUUUAUUUACAUUCACAGCGGUAAACAAGAUCUUAUUACAUGUAUUUGUCUUGGUCAUGGUGUUAUUUACAUUGGUUCUGCAAACGGUACACUGCGUCAAGUUGCGGUCAAAAAUGGUCAUAUGACACUGGGAGAUGAUACACUCACUGCAUGUACAAGUUCAAUUAUCAGCGACAGUGUCCCCGCAGACAAGCGAGAUCAACUUGGGGUAGACUCUCCCAUUAUAUCCCUUGAAUUACAACCUCAAGGUAAUCAUCUACUGAUCGCAUACGCAGGGGGCUGUGUAGCAGUGGCUAUUCCUCAGCCUAUUCCAUCAGAAAGCGUUACACAACCAGCUGCUCCGGCGGAUGUUGUCACUGCUCCUACAGCUCAGGGGGAAGUUGUUACUCCAAAUGUUGUUGAUGAGUUGGCUCCAACUAUUCCCCAAGAAACUCAGGGUGAAGCAACACCAGGUGACAAAACUGAAGUAAAUGGAGAGAAGUCUCAGCAAGUUUCAAACGACAGUGCUGUCGAGUCAACUCCUAGUACUCCUGCUAAGGGACAUUCGGAGAAGCGAUCAACCCUAAAGUUUAAGGCGUUGACACGUAGUUUGAGACCUGAUGCGUCUAAAGCAGAGGCAAGUUUCUUCAAUGUUUUGUUUAUUUAGAUUUCAAAUAUGUUUAGUUAGUGUCCGAAAUUGGGCCUAGGCCAAUCUUUUCUAAAAUCACUUGCUCACACUUCCAUUAGUUGCGAUGAUCGAGAUACGCGUUACGUAUUCUCAGGCACUCCCUACCUACUACUACUGUUAAAGUAGACUGAUGGUCAGUAUUUACAUCUGCGUCACGUUUUUGUUCGUUUGUUUAUAUUAAAAGGAUUUUUACUUGUUAGAUUUAGAGAAAUGAUUGCUUGGUUUGGUUUUAUCACGAUCCAGCACCGUUCAAAGAGCUAGGUUUAACAAUGCACUGUAUUGUUGUGUCAUUUUGGGGCGAGUGUUUAGUGUUUAUUGGUGACCUCUAAAAGAGCUUGAUGACCAAUAGUAAAUUCCAUUGUAGGGUAAUCGUAAUUUGACACUAACUUCUACAUUACUUCAUUCUUUGUGGAAUGUGAAAUUCAUGUUUUUACCUUGUAUAUACUCAUUUAGUGUGUCCUUAAGAAACCAUCAAUGCUAAAGAUUUGCUUCCUGUUAAAAUAUUCUUUAUUGUCAUUCGAUGUGAAUGAUUUUACUUAUUUACUACUGACUUGCUAUUGCAGAAAGAAGAACCAUCAUUACCUGUACCUCCAGCUCCUCGUAUCAGUCAUUUACUGCUUCGCGACCAACCAGUUGAAUGGGCCUCAUGGCGUGUUACAUCCGUGGACUCUUUAUCUACUGAAGUUGUAGUUGCUUAUGGUGAUGGUGCAUUUCAGGUUUGGCCUAUUGUUGCAGCUGUUAGUGAUCAACCGUUUGAGCCAAUCAUUGUAUCAAUGAUAGAUCCACCAAACACUCCAUAUGGUAAGCUUUUAUUACCAAUUAUUUUACAUCAGAGCUAAGGGUUUAAAAGUUCGAAGGCAAUGUUAAUCAUGUCGAUAAUCCACAUUGUGGUAGGAUUCACGAUUAAAGCUUUAUUACUUAACCAAUAUGUUAUGGCGGUAGGAUUUCUCCAUUAGUAGUUUGGGGUACACAGUCUGCUGGUUUUCCACUAACCAAGAAGAGAGUAAUGGGGGAUUAUACAUAAAAACAAUCUAACCCUCCUUACCAUAAAACUCUUCACUUUUUUGAAAAGUAAACCAAAAUCUUCACUUUCAAGAACUAAGUGCCUAGUAUCAAGCAAAUCCCCAGUCACGUAAACUAUUCCCCCUCUUAUUCAGAUGUUGAUUUCUACGAAAAGAAUUCAUGUCGUGUAUCACACUCACGCAACAAUGACGCUCUUACCAUUUUUGUCUUCAUUGUUUUCUGUCGAUAGCACUAUUGUGUCCACGGUUUUCACAAAUCCCUAAUUUUUAACCGUUACUAUCGAUUUGAGUAUGCUAAUUACGAUGCAUAGUUUUCUGGAAAUAAUCCACACUAACUACGUUUUUUUUUAUGAGGGCUUAUUUUGACAUCUAUCUCAGUUCCUUGUAUUCAGAGCCUGCAAUUAUUCAUAGGUCCAUAUCACUUUGCACCAUUUACAAUUUAAUGGUCAGAAAUGUACUAAGAUGUAAUUGGUUGCACGUUUUGUAUUUUGGACUCAUCAUUUAGUCUUCAGUUGUCCGUUUAUCACAUUACUGUUUCUCAAGCCCCACAUUAUAGACUAUUCUUUACUAUUCGUUUUUCAUGUAUUAUAUUCAGCUCUUACACUGACGGCUUGAUGGUACGGUUGAUAAUUGGAAUCAUAUACAUUUAGCUAAAAUCUUUUCCAGUUCCUUAAAAGAAGUUGUGUAGUGGAGAGGAUAUUGUCGACUCUCAUGACAUGAUUCUUAUGUACUACAGUAAUAUUCGUUCUAGAACUUUUAAUCAACUGUACCAUGUUAUUGACUUGAGAGUCCUUGAAUGAUUUCGUAUCAAUAUUCUGUCUUUUUCUAAAGGUCCUUUGCCUUGUGGCGCAAUAAAUAAAAUAUUGAUCAGUCCAUCUGCAAAGUAAGUUAAACACUUUUCCAACUUUUUUCCAAUAUGUAAGCACCGCAAUUCAAGUCGUGUUUUAUAUCCCUAAAAGGUAUAAACCAUAGGCUAUUAGAAUUAUGAAAAAAUUGUCUUGAAUAAAGAUCCGUGUAUAAAAUAGAACUAAUUCUUAUGAACUGUUCAUAACAACUGGUAAAAGGAUAAAAGGUGGAUAUGCUUUUGUUCCUGCACUCCAUUUUCCUGAUUUUAAUGUGAUAGCUUCACAUGGGUUUCAUAUCUUCCCAAUGCGAAAUUGGAUUCAAUCUGCACGACUUUGUCUUAGCUCCAAUCAUUUGAUUAUACCUGGUUUUUCAUCUGAUUUGAUAACAUUGCUAAUGGAAACUAAUGACCCUUUAGGACAACUUGGAAACCCCGAUUUGCGGUGUAUACACAAAAAUGUAAAUUUAAUAAAUUAUUUUCAACCCAUAACAUGCCGCUUAGUAUCAGCUAUGUAUCAGAAUAAACUUACUACCAAGUACAUUUUCAUGAAGCCCAUGAUACUACCUGGUUGGUAGGUGGAGUGGGGUUCGAACCUGAGACUCAGAGGCCGAAAGUUGAGCGCCUUAAUCACCAAGCCACUUUUCGACAUGUUUUAAAGUCAUGGCUCAAUGAGUCUAAAAAUUUCUAUUUACUGGUAGUAAUUUGUCUAAUACUGACAAAGUACUGUCAAUUUACCUCUUAGGGAAGGCUAUAUUCAAUCAGUGGGAUAUCAUGUGGUGCUUUUAAUUUGAACAUGUGCUCACAGUACAAUCUUGUCAAUAGAUUAAUUGUUUAUGUGGCUGAUAGUCACUUGACUAAUAUAGGCAUAUAGUGUAAGUCAUCCCGCAAAAACCACUCGGGUUUGCUUAUAGAUUUGUUUCCUAUAUUUAUACAGGUAUUCAAAUUGUGAGUGACCAAACGUUUGUCUAUCCUAUACAAAGUGUAAAGAUUUUUGAAUUGAUUUUCAUGAUAGUUUUUUAUUCAUAUUUUCAUAGUUUAUUUAACUGGAAAGGAUAGAUUUUUGCCUCCUCGUUUAUCAUAACUGUCAUAUUAGGUGUUUUAUGCCUGCUCCAUUCAGUUAACCAGUGAUAUAAAAUAUCCAAAAGGUCAAAAUGGGAGUAAUCAAUCGGUUUAUAUUAUGCGUCUUCUCCAUUUCGCAGUUAUUUAUUUCACUGUGAAUAGAGCUUGGCCAACAUUCCACAUCGCUAUUGCGUGUUCGAUUAUAGCCUCUCCCUUUGUGUAGUAGUGGGGCUUGUGUAUUGUGGUAACUCAAUGGAGCUAUAUUGACGGAAACAUUUGCUUUACAGUCUCGCUACUACUAUGCCAUGGAGGUCUACUGGAGAGGAAUAUGAUUAGAAGCAAUUGCUUACGAAAAGACCAUACGUAUCCGGUCUCAAGCAUUUGUCCUCUAGACUGAUCACACUCCCAGGUCGUCAAGACCAUCCGUAACCCAGUCUUCUCUUUUAGAUCCUUCGAGGUGUAUCUUCCCACAGCGUGAGCAGAUGAGUAGUGACAACUCCCUUCAUAUCUGUAACAGCACUGUUGUAUUUUUGACGGGGGUUGCGAAUCUUUCCAAUUUUAUAGUCAUUUUAUGUAGUGUGGACUAUAAAAAUUGGUUUAUAGUUCUAUCGUAUUGUUAGCUAAAUCAAUUUUCCAUUACUUUCUAUUUUUAUAUUUCCAAUUAGUGCCGGUUUACUAACAGUGUUUUGUGGAGGUUUACCACGUCCCCAAUUUGAGAAUCGUUAUGCAGUGUCUGUCUUACAAGAUCAUGAACAUCAUGUUUGUUAUCAGUUUGGAUCAAAGGUUAUUGAUUUUGUACUUGUACCGAGUGAAGGAAGUGUAUCAAAUGAAACGGUUUCAGGUGAAGUUGUGACUAAACCUUGUCCACCUAGUUAUUCUGCUACAUUAUUAGUGCUUACUGAACGUGAACUUGUUGCGAUUGAUUUAACUCAACCCGAUUGGCCUGUCUACGAUUCACCAUUUCUUAAUUGUAUGGAUUUCACUCCGGUUACAGCUAUAACUCACAUAGGACAGGUUCCACCAGCUCUAAUCCAUCGGCUACACCAAGCUGCUCAGAUAACUUCAGAUGAUAUUACCAACUGUUCAUGGCCAAUAUGGGGCGGGUCUCAUAAUGGUAACAAGAAAAAUUUUGCACAAAAUUCUGGAAAUGACGUUAUCGUCCUUGGACAUUCAAAUGGAUGGGUUACUUUAUGGGCAGUUGGUCGAGGAGAUACUACAAUUCAUCUGGGAACUUUACCAACUUCAUCUUUGUUUAAUUUAACUGAUUUGCAAAAUGGUCAGAAGUGUGGGAAUUCGAUAUUGGAGGAAGAAACGUGGCCACCUUUUCGUCCAGUUGGUUAUUGUUCUCGAGCACAACGUCAAUCUGUCGAGAAUUGUGAUCCACGCUUAGCUAUUACACAGUUACUUGUUUUACUGGGAAGUCCAAUUCGAUCAGGUGUUAGCGGUUCAAUUGCACCGGAUACAUUGACACUCGUUGUGGGUGGUGCUGGUGGUCAAGUGAGCCUAUGGGUCGCCGGUUCAGAAGGAUUUUUGCAUUCACCGGAACUUAGUUCUUUUGAGCCUGAUGUAUUCAGAAUAUGUGUUAGCCUCAUUGAUCAUUCAGAUGAGAAUAAAUAUAUUUGGAAAGAUGCUUUAUCUCUUCGAGUAAGUAGUCCACUUCAUUUUUCUGUUGUAUGCCAGUGUUUAAUGUAAGUGGAUAUUUGUUUAGAUCCACUAAAUGAUCUGCAAUUUUGCCCUACUAGUCAUUUCAUACUAUGAACUUGUAAAACUCCAAAGGGUUACGUUUGUUUGUAUUCAAGUGGUUGAGAUGAUAAAAAAUCCGAGCUCAUUUUCUUUAUCAAAAGCUUAUAUUUAUUGUGGAAUUAUGACUAGGUGAAUUAUUGUGUAGAGUUAAUACAAUUUAUUAACUAAUGUAAAAUUUACCUUUUUUGAAUGAAAGUUAGUACUUUGAAUAAUCCAUCUUACACCAAAUAUGCACAAGUUUUCCUAAAAUUUAUGACCCCUCGAGCUAUUAAUUAAUACUUUCCUUGUGCUCAUAGCUUGAUGAGGUGAAACAUUAUUAUUAGUAGUAAAUGGUUUCUUUAUUAUUAAUAUUCACUUAGUAUUGUAUGCUUAAAUCUUCCCAUUGAUGUUUAGGACAAGAGGUACACUUUGAAUAUUUCUCCUUCAAUGUAUUUCCAUAUGUACAAUCUAUUAUUCUAAUGGCAAUGAAAAUAGACACUUCGUUCCUUUUCAAAUCAUCAGAUGCUGUCGUAAAUUGAACACCAGGGUUAAAUUUAAAUAAACCAUUAAAUGGUUUUCUAAAUCUUGUUACUGGUUCACCGAAAAAUACACCGAUCAAUAUGAACCAAUAAAGUAGAGUGUACUGGACAGUUGUUUCUGUUCGUAUUUGGGAUCGGCAAUUCUGCAUAGGUUUAAAUUCAAGAUAUUCAUAUCACGUCGAGCUCAGUACCAAUCUUACCACUGAUUUGAAUUUUAUCGGUUCGUGUUUUUCAACCUCUUAAUUUAUCGUAUUACAUCACAAUUAAUCCUGUUGUGCAUGUUUCUGAUCAACGUUUUAUCGAUGUGUUGAGGUUUCUUUACAACAAUUUUCCUGAUUGUGAUAACUUAAUUUAGUACAACAUUUUUAUCGUUCUAAAUUUCUAUGCUAGUGAGUUGGGUAAAAUAGAACUAACACGUAACCACCCCAACUCCGUAAAUAAGAUUUUUAUCAUUUAUCCAAUACAUUGAUAUUCUUUUUAUACCUGUCGAAUGAUACAACAUUGUUUUGCAAAUUUGAUGACCUAUGCGAUCUUUAAUUUUGGAAGCAUCCUUUGCCAUUGUUCUCAAUUAAAUUGUCAUUUACUCACUUUCAUGUUAGUGUCUUGUGUACGAAUACCUUUAUUUUUAUUGCUUACAAAGGCGCUAGUCAGUUACUCACUGAGUGUAGUACAUUUGUCUAGUCCUACAAUUGUAUAUUUAUUUAAUCUGAACUAAUCACAUGUUAUUGUGUGCUGAUUACAACCACUUGUAUGAUUUAUUUUUCUUUUUAAUUUCUAGCCUACCGAAGGUGUCCCUCAUUAUUGCACACCAACUGGACUAACAUUUCAUCCAUGUCAACUUAUUCAAUUAAAUCCUCCUAGCCAGAUUACAUCUCUUGCAUUGGAGUUGUCUUGGAAUCUAUUGGCCAUCGGUUCUUCACACGGAUUUGCUUUGUUAGACUUAUUUGAUCGUUCUAUAAUCCAUGCUCAUUUCACUUACGAUUCAUCAGGUCCUGCAAAGAUUGUUAAUGCUGUUGCUAGUAAGUUAAUCGUACUGUGAUCCAAUGGUUUGUGUGAUAUGUUUGAUGUCAAAUAAUUGUUACUUGUUAGCUCCUAUUUUAUUCUUGUUUAUUUUCAGCUGUACAAAAUGUGAUAAUGGCUCGAGGAAGACAGCUUACAUCAACAAUGAGACAAUCAUUUAGACGUUUAAAACACUUUCGUACUUCAACAGCGAGCUCUGAGAAAACUUCGAGCGAACCUAUUGCACCAGCUGAUGAAAAUCAAACAACGCCGCAACAAACCGAAAAGAGUCUUGAUGAAACCUCACCUAAAGAUGAAAUUAAAGAACAAGAUCAGCCUGUUGAACCAGGUGAAAAAAAAGAAAUCCGAGAAAAUGUUGAAGCUGUAGGAGUAACAGAGCAACCAACAACUUCUGUAGAAUCUGAAGAACCGAAACAACAAUCAAUAACGGAUAAUGCUGAGGUUGAUGUUCCUCCUGAACCUAUUCAACUUAGCCAAGAGGAUAUAGUAUCAUCAGCUGUUCGUUGUCUCCUGUUUUCUGAGACGUAUGUUCAAGUGGGAGACCGUGCUCCUUCUGUCUGGGUUGGUACAGCUUCAGGUAAAGUGUUGGCUUUUAAUUUGUCAUGGAGAGGUGCUGCUGGACCCGUUAAGGCGACAUUGUCCAAGGAAUUACAAUUGCAUCAUCACUCUCCGAUUGUUUCUUUGUAUAUCAUCGAUGCAGUUGAUCAUGGACCAAUUAUGCAUAGCCAAGCUUACAGGAAUUCGUGUGUCGAAUCAGUUGAAAGUAAUGAGAAACAAGAAUCUGCUCAACCGUCAGAACCUCCUGCUGAAGUUUCGAUGGAUGGUGGUAAAGAUACUGAAAUACCUAUUCAAUCAACAUCAGCCACACAGGAUGUGCAUCAAUUACUUUUGUGCUCUGAGGAACAAGUUAAAUUGUUCAGUAUACCUUCACUUCGUCCAAUUUAUAAGCAUAAAUUUAUUGAUCGCCUUCGUAUGCUUGGUAUGUCAGUGACUUCUGGUGCUGGUUCAACUUCUAAACCAGAGAAGGAAGUGGUUGAAGAAGCAGCAGAUACAGUUGUUGGCGAGAGCGAGGUAAAUAUUUCCUUCAUUUUCGUGACCUCGUACACAAUAGUCCAUAUUAUUUAUUGCUUUAUUCUAUUUUCUGAUUUGUGAUUUCAUGUAACUCUUACCGGGUACAUAAGUUAAUGCAUUGGUUUUUGUGAGGACGGCACCCGAGUGAACUCAAGGAAGCUCAGGAAGAGUCGAAGAAAAGUCAGAAAAUUACAAAAUUCUUAACAGCUUAUUAAACCACGCCAAACCCUAUUGUCUCAUAUGGAAAGUCCCUUGCUGAAGCUAUGUUUGGACACUUCAAUUUGACCCAAAAUUCGGACUUUGAUAUCAGCAUCUUCAGGAGAUCGGGGACUACAUACAAACGCAAGACGCUUAAACUGGUCUUCUGCCAUUAUCGAUAAUUCAAAACACUCACACUCGUGAUUUACUAUACUAGCUUGUCUCACCCGCUCAUCGUUUCCAGCUUUUGCUAACUUGGUAACGAAUAUCAAACAAAGAUGACUGUUCACCAAAGAUUUGCUACAAAAUUACGUCCGCCACAUCAACUGAAAGGUCUCUCACAUUCUUGGAAUAAUUAAAUUAGUGUACCGUUCAUGUUCAGCUAUGCCAAAUUUGCGUAGUAGUACUCGGACCUUUGCGGCGUCAUCAAAUGUUUAUUGGUCGACUUCGAAUUCUUCUUCCGAACAUAGCUUCAGAAGGGGACUUCCCAUCUGGGACAAUAGGAUGGAACGUAGUUCUAUAAGCUGUUAAGAAUUACAUAAUUACCUGACUUGUCCCCUCGUUUCCCCCUUUCAGUAAUGCUCUUUUAAAUGUGUCAACGAAGCUCUCUGCUUGUCCACUUGAUUGAGGGUGAUAGGGUGGAGAACGUAUAUGUGUAAUUUCAUUAGUGCUACAGAAGUGCUUGAAUGUCGCUAAAACGAAUUGUGAGUCGUUGUCAGUCACCAAAGUCUCCGGGACACCGAAACAGCUAAAUAAUUCAGAUAACUUGCUAAAUUGUUUCACUGACUAUAGUUUGCCAUAGCAUAGUUUUGUGGCCAUUUCGUGAGUUCAUUCACUAUGACUAAAAACGUUUGUCAUCGUACUGGGGCUGCGAAAUCUGCGUGCAGCCUCUCCCAAACACUAUUAGGCUUUUCCGUUUUUGUGAUUCACACUUAUUUGGACUUUCGAAUGCUUUCAGGCACGACGAACAAUUGCGUCAUCUAGUUUCGAUAUCUUGAUCCAUUGUAGGCCAGUAAGCAUAGCUUUGAGCCAAAGAUUUCAUCAACAUCCCAUCCAAUCAUCUCUCGGAAGAACAUUCCAGAAUAUUGACGUGUAGCUUUCUGAUUGGACAAAUGCUAAAAACCACUGCAUGCGGAUUGGAUGGGUGUAAUGAUGAUUUCAUUUUUACUAAAAGCUUGAGAGUUUUGUACCAUAUUUGACAGUUUGGAAUGACAUUCCUUCUCACUUGCGAUUUAGAGGGUUUUAACGUUCGAAUGCUCAGGUAGUACGCGGUAUAGCAAGAAUCUAAUCUCUAGAUAUAACAGUUUUGGAGCCAUAUUGGGAACAGUAUCACAAUAAAUAUUAUGAUUUUUGACUGUUAUUUAUGAAUAGGUUGUAUAUGUGAACACAAGCCAGAUUAAUCCCAAACGUGUGACAGGGUUUGGCCUUCAGAAUUUUACUUCUGGGUCCGGAGAAAAUGCUAAACUCGAAUGGAAUGCUGUUGCAACGCUACUAGAUGGACAGAUUGCUGUACUGUCUUUGCCUAACCUUCGUAAAGUAUUCAAGGGUGAGUCCACUGGUUAGCACCUUUUUCACUCACUAGAUAUGUUUAUCAGCUGAACGAUAAUGGUAGAAAAAGUAAGGAAUUAUUCGGUUGAGUACAUUUUAUGGAGUGGUAAAUUCACGUCAUUAAUACAAAAGUCAACAAAGAUUCCUCAAUCGAUUGAUAUCUUUUGGUUAUAGUGUAUUUUCCGAGCUAGUUAGUCUACUUGCGAGGUUGUCAUUGUUGUUCUGGACAACAUCAUCGCUUACUUCAUUUGGUAAUGAGCGGUUUAAUUGACCCAGAGGUCAAUAGAAUAAAUUACUCGAAAGGCACAAAAUGACAUAAAGAUAAUAAAACCCUUGUACACAAGUUGGAAAUAACGUUGUCAGAACAAGCUGACUCAAAAUUUGUGGAGUAAUCAAAAUGUUCACUUCUUCUUGGAGUUGGCACUAAUAAUUUGUUGGACAACAACGAAAAUUUUGCGAUUGAAAAGAUCCUUUACCUUAGUAUAAUCGGAAAUAUCGAGUGGGAUUACAGAUCUCCAUGAUUUUUGAGUGGUUAAUGAAACUGUGCCAUCCACGAUAGAGCCUUUUUGUUUCAUUGAAAUCAUUAAUCAAUAUAAUUGAACCAUUGUUUAGAUAUAAUAUUAUGAUUAUCGUAUACGUAUUUUCCAGUUUUUAUUUAUUGAAUUAAGGUUCAUAACUAUCGGUUUACGUAAAGUUUAUUAUAAAUUCCUUUUUUAGAACGCUGUUAUCCUGGUUAUCUACCUUCAUCUACACUUCCCUGUGUUGCCACGCGUACGUAUAACACGCAUGUCUUCUGGUCUAUAGGAUGUCGUCUUUUAGUAUCCGAACUCAAUCCUAUUCCUUUGUUGAAUUCAUUCGCAACACCAGUUAGUGAUGUUAUAACAGACGAUUUUAUUGCAAUCCAUUUACCCGAAUGGGCUAGAACGGCUAGUAAAGAUGUAUCAGUCGAAAAUGAAAAUUUAAAAACAUCCAACCUGACAAACUUGGUUUCUGAACCUCUCCAGGUAUCGUUGUUUGCAUAUUAUAUAAGCAUUUUCUUUUUCCUACCUUUUCGUCAUACAUUCACUGUCUACUAAUAAUUAUUAACAUUUGUUAUUUCAGAGUACUGGGAAUAUUACCACUGACGAGAAAACAAGUGGUUGCGCACCUGUAGUAGAAGAGGAGAUUAUACCAACGAAUAAGAUGAAUGAUACUAUACUAGAGAAUGGUCAGAAUAUUGGUGAUGUUACAUUGGAUUCUAUCAAGGAAUAUUUGAAUGGCACUGAUGUAACAAUGGUUGUAAAAACAACUGAACUGUCUACUGAAAAGCGUACUCUUGUAGAAGGUGGAAAAAUUACAACUACCGUUCAUGAAGUAGAGAAGGUUGAUGGAAAAAUUACAAAAGACGAUGUUGUUAAGUUUGUCGCUGAUGGUGAACCGGAGGUGGUGAGUAUUACAGGUCAGUUUCAUACAACAUGUUAACUUAUUGAUUUAAUACUAUUGAUGGGGUUAGAAAAUUGUGCUUGUGGUUUUAAAAUCUCUUUAAUUUUCUUGUUGUAGUAUCUUAGGUCAUAGCGAUUGAUAAUGGUGUUUCUGAAGUAUUUUCUGUUUUCAUACCCAGCAUCUUGUUUUUAUUAAAUUUCGAGCAUUGAAUUACCGGUAUUAUUUUCAUAAAUUUACAGUGAACGAACUACAACUUUAAACAAAUGAUCGUCAAGUUAUAUGUGGUGAUAAAUUGUACAUAAUUUAAAUUCUGUCACAUCGUUUACACUGUUUAUGAUGUUCAAGCUUUGAGAAUUUAAUGGUCGAAUGUGAAGCAAUUAUCUAUCCAUCACAGGCUUGGUGUAAAUAAGACGUCAAGUGUUCGUACUCUGGACCGAAUGUUCUGCGUUCGAUUCACGGUUUUUGGGAUCGUGGUUACACACUGUUAAGAAGUCCCACAUUAGAACGAGACAACCGUCCAGUGUUUUCAGGUUUAUAUUGAUGGUCUAGCUAAGAUAUUAGUUCGUGGUUUAAACCACAAAAAGUUUUCUAAAUGUUUCACUGCCGAAUUUUAAAUCACUUUAUUGUUUAUACUGGGGUGUAAUCUACUAUUUAGUUUAUUGUUUAAAUUUUCCUAGAAAAAGCAGAUUGUUAAGAUUUGUAUGGUCACAAUAUAGUUUUUCCAUACAUUGAGAUCUAAUAUUCUCUGUCUAUUACAGUCGAUGGAACCUUGUCUAGAUUUAAUAAUUUUUUUGUUUGCCAACUACAUAUAUUGAUUCCUUAAGACACUAUUCAAUGGAAUCCAUCUAAACUUUGUUAAUUAUUCAACCACUCUACUGUGUUGUCCUUUGGGUUCAUACAGGAAGUCAAUCAGUAACAACGUAGAACUUCGUACGUACGUACAUCAGGUCGAGUUGCCAUACCACAUUAGCACAGAGAUGCAGUGGUCGAUUCAAAUCCCAUAGUGAUAGAGGUAGUAAGAGUAUAAGCAGUAAUCGGGAAGAUUAGGGUUUGGAGAUGUUAUUUAAAGAGUAUAAUACAGUGAAAUAAAUUUGGGAAGAGAAAAAAGAGACAAGGAGGAAUCAGGAGAUUAAAAUUUGGAAGAACACAAAGAGUGUAUGCACCUGCACCAUUGCAAACGAUUUUGAGCCAUGUCAUUCAGGGUCUCUAACCAUCGGUUGCUAUCAUCCCGCGGUCCCCAACCAGGUAGUCUACACCUACCAACAUGACUCAUUCCACUUGUCAGUGACUUCAUGAACUUGUGCCAUGUUUUGGUCUGGCCGCCCCUAGCUUUCUUCCAACCUACUCCUAUACCACUGAACUUCGCUCGUCGAGGCAGUCGGUCGUUGGGUAUACGUAACACGUGUCCCAGCCAUCUCAACUGAUGAAGUUUCACCACUUGAUCAAUUGAUUUGCCAUCCUUACCUAGUACCCGUUUCCUAACAACUGUGUUACUUACUCGAUGGUCCCAGGAUAUACGAGCAAUGUUUCGAAGACACUUAUGAUCAAAUACUAGUAACCUACGAAUAUCCUCUACUCUUACCGGCCACGUUUCACUGCCAUAAAAUAGGACGGAACGAACUGCUGUGCAGUAAACACGUCCUUUGAUUGAUAGACGGAUAUCUCGCCUAUGCCAUAAAUGACGCAAGUUGGCAAAAGCUAGUCGAGCCUUCUGUAUCCGUGCUGAGAUUUCGUCACACACCAAACCACAAGGGCUGAUGAGACUUCCAAGAUAAGUGAAGUGGUCGACACGCUUAACUACUUCACUCCCUAUCAUUAGUUCGGGUGUCGAUGCAGCCCAAUCCUGAAGCAACAUUUUGCAUUUCGAGAGGGAGAAUCGCAUCCCGAACAUGCAUUGUUGCUUAGAGUGGUCAGAAGCCUCUGCAUUUUGUCAGCGUCUUCACCAAAUAGAACUAUGUCAUCGUUCAUAUUCCAAGUCAACAGGAAACUGAAAAUGUAAGACCGAUUGUGAAUUUAUAAAUAGUAUGUUUAGAACCAACAAAGUAUAUACUUGUGAAUAUAAGUAGCGUAUAAGUAAACUAUAUUCACUUUUUACAUUACACCAAAAAUAAAAUAAAUCCAAACUACUUGGUUGGGGUUCGCCUAAUUAUUGUAAUAAAUAAUGGUUGAAGAUGUUGGAUCACUUGACUAAGAAUCAGUCGCAGAGAUGCAAAUACCAUUCCCCCCCUUUAUUUUCUCGAUCUUUCUACUUUUCAUUCUUCUUGAAUCAUUUUUUUUACUACCAUUGAUACAGUUAUUAUUUCGAACAUUCUCUAUGUUUCAUGUUAUGCUAUAGCAGUUUGGACUUAUUUUUUUAAAGUUCUAUAUUGUUCAUAACUGACUGAAUUUUUUCUUAUAAAAAAAGCCAUCCCACUAAUCUGAACUUGAAAUGAAAAGUGUUUUUUUCCUCUGAAUUUAUAUUCCAGUGUUCGUGUUUGUUAUCUGGUAUUUUGAUUGUUAAUACUGGGUUGAUGUAUGUUAUUAAUUUGAAAGUUUUUCUUUUCUAUUGUUCAUUUUAGGCACUGUUUAACUAAAGCAAAUUAUCGGUCGAUCACAAUUGCCACUGGAAUAUAAUACUUUAUCUUUGUCUAAUUCAAUUUAAUAUUAUUUACUAUGUUAUCAUGACAUUAUUUUACCAUUGUUGAUUCUCAUUUUCCUCUUCUGCUUAAAUUGACUCGUCUUAUACCCAUGUGUUUGUCCCCCGUGUAUCUCGUGUUGCCUCCCUUCGCAAUUAUCGCUUCUCAAACUGAUGAUGAUGAUUAACGGUGCUUUUGUGUCCUAGUCGGUACAAUUUACCGGUGGUCAUUAUUUUUCUUGUUUUAUUGCGUGUUGUUUUUGGUCUUUUGUGCCUUUAUUUUUAAUCAAAGUAAAUUUUCUCUCUUCGCUUAUCCUUUUUGUCAUUUUUCGCCUUUUUUAAAAUUUCUCUUAUAUAUGCUGUUCUAUUGUUUGAUGUCUUUUCAUCAACUGUAUGAACCGUUUCUCGUUUCUUUCUUGUUAUUACUGACAUGUUUAUGCAUUCACAUACAAUUACAACACAUAACUUGACAGCCUAUCUGCUCCCGAUUUUUGCUAGUCAUAACUGCCGUGUUGUGUCAAUGUAUAUCACACUUAACAUGUUUUUCAGCUUUGUGUUAAAGUCUGUUCUAGAUCAUGUGUUUGAUGUGCUGACUGGUGUACGCUCAGUUAUCUUAAAAUCUUUAUUCUACCCUUUAAAUAUACUGAAAUCUAUUCUCUAAACGUGGAAAAUUUCAUUAGUAUUUUAUCCCGUUUUUAUCCAGUUACGCAACAUCUACAUCUUUGUUUGUGUGUUUUGUGUACUCUGGUAACAAUGUUUGUACAUGUAUACCAGCUCAUAUGCUCCUGUUUGUAUAACUUGUUUUGUAUACUGUUGACCAUCAUCAGCACUACUUCUGUAUGCUCUAUGCACAUCAUAAUUAUUUGUUUCUGUUUAACUGAUCUCUUGGUAUAAAAACAGCACACGUACAUAUGUCCACACGCAGUCAUUAUCAAUCGCACAUAUAUGCUACACCAGAUACUACUUACUACCUAAUAUGGUGCAUAUAUACGCUUAUAAAUAUGGCACAUACAUGUUAACGGUAAUAAUGACCAACCCUAACAAUGUUAACAAAAUUUACAUGUUUUACAAGUUUCUGUUUUGUUUUGCUUCUUUUAAUCGUUAAAUGUUUCUCAUUUUGUUGUUUUUAUUUCACUCUAAUCAUGAUAAGUUGCUGGCAAAUGUGAACGUAUAUUCCUUUUAUUAUCACUACUCAAUAUUACUAUUAUCUUAUUGUUAUUAUAUCUAAAUGCGAAUAAACAUUUUUCUGUCAUAUGUGUUUAUCGUUUUCAGGUCAUUUGGGUACUUGCACAAAUUGACUUGUAGGGUAUUUGACUUCUACAUAAAUGUUCAGCUCAAUAUUGAAUUUAAACCAUAGUUUUUGGAUGUCCGUCUGUUUAUCCCUUGGACCAGUG